GAGCCUUUUCACUCCAAAACCAGAGCUCCAUCUCCAGAGCUCCAAUGGCGUUCCCGCCAUCUCUUCUCCUCCUUUUCUUUUUCUUCUUCUUCUUCUCCUCUCCAUCCACCUCCUUCUCCAACCCCGACGACGAGUCCUGUAUCACCAACCUCCACCUCUCCAUCAUCGACCCUUCCAACAAUCUCCACAACUGGACUCGCCCCAACUUCGCCUCUCCUUGCAAUGGCUUCACCUCCUACCUCCAAGGCAUCACCUGCAACAAUGGCCGCGUCUUCAAGCUCUCACUCUCCUCCCUCUCUCUCCGUGGCUCCCUCUCCCCUUUCCUCUCCAACUGCACCAAUCUCCAAUCCCUAGACCUCUCCUCCAACUCCAUCGCCGGUCCAAUCCCUCUCUCCCUCUCCCUUCUCCUCAAUCUCGCCGUUCUCAACCUCUCUUCUAACCUCCUCUCCGGUCCAAUCCCUCCUCAGCUCGCUCUCUGCGCUUAUCUCAACGUCAUCGACCUCCACUCCAAUCUCCUCUCCGGCCCCAUCCCUGAUCAAUUCGGCCUUCUCGUUCGUCUCUCCUCCUUUGAUGUCUCUGAUAACCAUCUCUCUGGUUUUAUCCCUCCUCUUCUCUCCAACCGCAGUGGCACUGGUUUGACGAGGUUCAAUGCUAGCUCUUUCUCUGGCAACAAGGGGCUUUAUGGUUUCCCUUUGCCGCCUUUGCGUGACCGUGGUCUCUCCGUGCUCGCCAUCGUUGGGAUUGGUCUCGGUAGUGGCCUUCUCAGCUUGGUGCUUAGCUUCACUGCGGUUUGUAUCUGGCUCCGGGUCACUGAGAGGGAUGCCAUGGUUCCUGGGGAGGAAGGGAAGGUCUCUCAUCUCAUGCCUGAUUACUGAUCUUCUUCUUCUCCUUCCUACUAUUUCUCCAUGGAGGUUCUUCUUCUUCUUCUUCUUCUUCUUCUUCUUCUUCUUUUGAUUAUUUUGCUAUUUUUUUUUUCUUCUUGACAAGAUUAAGGUUUGUUAAUGGAGGAAGGAUGUGUGUAUAUUGUCACUUUUAAGGAAAACUAAUUCAAUUUGAGAGAUUUUCUCAGCAUGUAUUACUGAAAUCAUACAGAAACUUCUUUUUGAUCUUUCCUCUUGUUUUUUGUUGUUUCUUUGUU